AUGAUUAAGGAAGUUAUUUUAGAGAAUUUUAAAUCUUAUUAUGGGGAACAUCGUAUUAUUUGUGGAUAACAUUUCAAUUCAAUAAUAGGUCCUAAUGGGUCAGGCAAAUCAAAUUUUAUAGAUGCGAUAUAAUUUGUAUUUGGAAAAAGAGCAACUUCUAUGAGAUGUAAAACAGUCUCUUAGUUGAUUUCAGCAGGAAUGUCAGAAUGUAGAGUUGAAGUUGUAUUUGAUGGAUUUGUUUUAAAAAGAACAAUAAAAGGAAAUACAACAGAAGUAUACAUUGAUAAUGAACCAGUUAAGUAAGUGAAAUUACAUUAAUAUUUGAAAUCUAAGAAUAUUGAUGCCACAAAUAAAUUCAUAAUUUUAUAAGGAGAGGUAGAAUCAAUAAGUAUGAUGAAACCAAAAUCUGGGAAUUUUGAAUAGCCAGGAUUAUUAGAGUAUAUUGAAGAAGAAUAUUAAAAGGAACAGAUGGAAGAAUCUUUUAAAAAGAAAUAAAUUGCUUAAAGCAGAUAUUUUGAAUCUUAAGAAAAAGCAAAUAUUGCUUAACAUACUUUAAAUGAAAUAAAAGGAAUGGUAGAUUUAGCAGAAUUUGUUAAAAGUGUUUAUAGUAGAAUUUUUAGAGUUUAACUUUGUUAGAUUGAAAUAUUAAAAAAGGAAUAAAUAUUAUGUUAAUUAGAGGAUGAAAUAAUGAAUGAAAAUGCAGAAAUUCUAUUAUAAACUGAAUGUAGAUAAAGAUAAAUGGAUGAUUUGAAAAUUUUAAGGGGAGAAAAAGAAAGGAUUGAUUAAGAAAUAAAGGAUAAUGAAAAUUAAUAGAAAAUUAUUAAUUUAGAAAUAAAUUCAAUAAAUAAUAAGUAUGAUUAAAAUGAAGAAUUAGAAUGUUAAUUAAAUAUUAAUAAAUUACAGAAAUAAAUUGAUGAUUUAAUUAAAGAAAAAGAACUUUUGGAAUAGGAUUAAAGAAAAUUUGAAUAAAUGAUACCAGAAAAAUAAAAUAAGGUAGAUAAAAUAGAAAAAGAAAAAAAUAUUGCAGAAACACAUUAUAAUAAAUUGAAAACAGAUCUCAAAGUUGAAUCUCGAUUUUUAAUGAAGUAAAAAGAAGAAUUAGAAUAAAAGCUUAAGCCUUUUAAUAAAUAGAUUCAUGAUUUAUAAGUUUAAUUAGAAAAAUUAUAAUUAGAAAAAGAAAGAACUAGUAAAAGUCCUGAUGAAUUUUUAAAUUAACUUGAUUAAUUUGAUAAAAAAACAACAUAAUUAUAGGUUUAAAUAGAAUAAAUUAAUAGUUAUAUAGAGAGAUAAUUAGAUUUAUAAAGUUUGAUAAGAGAUUCAAAAGAAAAGACAUUAAAAGAAUUAAGUGAGAAAAAAUCAGAAGAGAAAAGAUUAAUUAAUGAAAUUGCUUAAAAAUAAGAAAGAUUAGAUUAAAAUAAUGAAGAUAGAAAAGAGAAAAAUUAAUAUUCAACAGUAUUAAGAGCAUUAACAAGAGCAUCUUAAGCAGGUUAAUUAAAAAUUUGUGGAAGAUUAGGAGAUUUAGGAACAAUUGAUCCUAAAUAUGAAUGUGCUAUUACAACAGCUUGUCCUGGAUUGGAUGGUAUAGUUGUGGAAAAUGAUUAAGAUGCCGUAGAUUGUAUUAAUUUUUUAAAAUAGAAUUAAGUAGGCAGAGCUUUAUUUAUACCUAUAAACAAAGUACCUGAAAAUGUUAUAUAAUUUAUGGAAAGACCAUUUAAAUCACUUGAUAAGACUCUUAGAUUAUUUGAUUUAAUCAAUUUUAAAGAUACAAAAUAUAGAGGUGUUUUCUAUAAUUUAUUAAGAGAUACAUUAGUUGUAGAUAAUAUUGAGAUUGCAAGAGAUAUUGGAAUAGGUUAAAGAAAAAGAGUUGUAACAUUAGAUGGUAAAUUAGUUGAAUAAAGUGGAGUCAUGUCAGGUGGUCCAGAAUAGAGGAAAGGAGGAAUGUCUAGUAAAUUUUAUGAGGAACUUUCUAAUGAUUAAAGAGAAUAAUUAAUUAAGGAAAGAAACUAACUCAAAGAAAAAUUAGAUUAAACUAAAUUUGAAAUCUUAGCACUUGAAAAAAAGUUGAGAGAAACCUUAUCUGAUGAAGAAAUGGUCAAUUCAAAACAUAAAUAAAGAUUGGUUGAUAAAAAUAUGCUUUAAGAAUAAAUUAAUGAUAAUAAAAAGUAAAUGGAAAUCCUUUAGAUUUAAUAUUAAGAAUGCCAUUAUAAUUAAUAGAAAAAUUAAGAAGUUAAAAAAGAGAUUGAAGUUAUAUAAAGAGAAAUAGAAAAAGUCUAAAGUAAAACUUGUUUAGAUUAAUAAGAUCUAUAAGGAAUAGAUGAUAAAUUAAAAGAAAUUGCUAAUCAAGAUCUCAAUUCUGCUAAAGAUAUGUUUAGUAAUUAUACUUAAACAUUUGAAACAUAUUAAUAAGAACUUCUUAAAGUUAUUACAUAAAAAACUAUUACUGGUAAAAAAAUUGUUUAAAAUACUUAAAAUAUUCAAUUAGAGACUGAAAAUUUGGAAAAAUUAAAGGAAUAACUAAAAAGAAUAUAAGAUAAAAAAUAUUAAGAUAGUAAUGUUGUAGAAGUACAUAAAUAAUAAUUACAUCGAUUAUAAAGUUCAUUAAAUGUAGUCAAAGCAUAAUAAGCAAUAUUCUCUAAAUAAAUUGAUGAUCUAGUAAAAACAAUUACAUCUAUUAAUACAGUGAUUGAAGAAACAGAAGAUAAAAAACAAGCAUUUAUCUUAAAAAAAAACAUAGAAAAAUAAGAUUAAGAAAAAAAUAGAAUAAAAUAAAGGGAAUUAAUAGAUGAACAUAAAGAAUACUUUUUAGCAUUUAAUUCAGAUUCUGGAAAUCCUAAUUUAUUUUUUUAAAUCCAUCAAGACAACAUUUUUUGUUAAUAAUUACUUACAGAAAUAUAAAAAGUUAGAAAUGAAUAUUAUUAAAAAUUUAGGGAAUUUUUUAUUCCUGCAGGAAUUGAGGAAUUCUUACCAGAAUCUAUACCAAAAGAUAUUUAACUUAUAAAAGAUGCUAGUAAAUUAUUUGCAAAAUAAUAAAACUUAAUUGAUAUCUAUACUGAAUUAGGAACAUCUGAUAAUAAAAAUAAGGAUAAAAAUUUAAUGAAAAUUUUUAUGGACAGAUCAAUAGAUUAUGAAAUUAAGUUAAAAAGAGCAAAAGAUGAUGAAAUUAAUUUUUAAUAAGAAAAAUCAAGUAAUGAAGAUCUAUUUUAAGAAAGAAAAAUAUAAUUUGCUAAAACUUUAAAAAAUGUUGAAUUAAAAUUAUAAGAAAUAUAUAAACAUCUCAGUAUGGGAGGGGAAGCAGAAAUUAAAGUUAUUGAUGAAUUAGAAAUUUUUAAAGAAGGAUUAUAAUUUAUGGUAAAACCUCCAAAUAAAACAUGGAAAUAGAUAUCUAAAUUAUCAGGAGGUGAAAAAACAUUAGCUUCUUUGAGUUUGAUGCUUGCAAUACAUUUCUAUAGACCAACUCCAAUAUAUAUACUUGAUGAAAUUGAUGCAGCUUUAGAUUUUAAAAAUGUUAAAAUAGUAGCAGAAUUUUUGGAUAAAAUAGAUUCUCAAUUUAUUAUUGUUUCAUUAAGAACCAAUAUGUUUGAAAAAGCAACAAAUCUUAUUGGACUAUAUAUGAGAGACACCAAUCAUUCAACAGAAGUUAUUUAAUUAGAAAUCUGA